CAGACCCCCCCGGCCCGGGGCUGACCCCGGCCCGCCAGCAUGGUCCAGCCUCAGACCUCCAAAGCCCAGAGCCCUGCCUCGGCCGCCGCCGCCGCCGACGCCCAGAUGGACGACGUGAUCGACACCCUGACCUCGCUGCGCCUCACCAACUCGGCGCUGCGGCGCGAGGCGUCCACGCUGCGCGCGGAGAAGGCCAACCUCACCAACAUGCUGGAGAGCGUGAUGGCCGAGCUCACCCUGCUGCGCACCCGGGCGCGCAUCCCCGGGGCCCUGCAGAUCACGCCGCCCAUCUCCGCCAUCACUUCCAACGGGACGCGGCCCCUGACCACGCCGCCCACUUCGCUUCCCGAGCCUUUCUCCGGGGACCCCGGCCAGCUGGCCGGCUUCUUGAUGCAGAUGGACAGGUUCAUGAUCUUCCAGGCUUCCCGCUUUCCUGGCGAGGCCGAGAGGGUGGCCUUCCUCGUGUCCCGACUGACCGGGGAAGCCGAGAAGUGGGCCAUCCCCCACAUGCAACCCGACAGCCCCUUGCGAAACAACUACCAGGGCUUCCUGGCCGAGCUGCGCCGAACCUACAAAUCUCCGCUAAGGCAUGCCCGGCGCGCCCAAAUCCGGAAGACUUCGGCCUCCAACAGGGCUGUGCGAGAGCGGCAGGUGCUGUGUCGCCAACUGGCCGCAGCUGGCACGGGGCCCUGCCCAGUGCAUCCAGCUUCUAAUGGGACCAGUCCAGCACCGGCCCUGCCCACCAGGGCCCAGAACCUUUAGGGAUCCGCCACCUUGGUGGCAUCCGCACCCACCCAGGUAGCUAGACUCUGCUGUUGAGAAGCAAUGUCCACACCACAGUAUUGCACUGUUUGCAGACAUACUUUCCUGUCGCUCGGGGUCCGUAGGAGGUCUUCCUGUCAUCCCUUUUGGUGCCCUGGUCGCCCACCUUGCUGUGCUCCCUUCUCAUGUCCUGGCUCUGUGCUUACAACUCAAUGCAUGCGCUCCCCUAUUGCCUGCUACCCCAGAUCCUCCAGGGAUCACAGCUGUGCCCCUUGGACACGCUGCCAUCUAGGGACCACUUGGCCCGGCCCAGCCCAUGCUGCUCAUGGACACUUAUCCUCUGUAGCCCCCCUCCUCUCCCCUCAUGGCCUCCCUUGUCUCACACAUGAGCUCUGGACAGAAAAGCCAUUUUGGCCACGCAGGUGGCUUGAAGUGUGUACCUGACUCGGCCUGCCCAAAGCUGGCCAACAGCUGUGCCAGGUGACCAAGUAAUCCCUCUGCUAGGAGCAUAGGUAUAGCAUUGCAGGGGACUUCAUCGAGGUGGGGCAACCUGGCGUGCCCUACUGCUGCCACUGGGAAGUUGGGGUCCAGAUGCAGAGGCAGAUUCCCCAGCGCACACCUCCAUUCCUGUGACUGCUGGUGUCCUGACAAUGAGCUGGGAAAGUGUGACACCUGCCUGUGAGAUCAUUGUGGACCUGGGACCCUGGGCAGUUCCAUCAGGAUUCCUGACUUCUGUGCCUCAGAGCCAUGUGGAGGGGUGGGCACUAGUGACACCAUUUGUCACUUGGCUGUCCAGUGGGACGCUCACAAGUGGCUGGUGUCACUCACCUGUGCCCAUGUCACUCUGGUGGCCCUCACCCAGCCAGAGACUUCCCUCCCCCUCCAUCCAGGUGCCAUGUGGACUUAACCUCAGCCUUUCAGCCAUUCCCACCAUCUCCACGCAACAUGCUCAGCCCGGGCCUAUCAUCUACUGCAUUUGUCCAAUAGCAAGACUCCUGACUGGAGGCCAGCUUCUCCCGGAGGCACUGCUGAACACCCAUGCCAGGGUCCGGCUGCCAACUGCCUUGGUGCUCAUGGGCACAGUGCUGAGCUGGCAUGUGUCUUGGCUCUGAGGGUAAAGCUGUACCUCAGGCAGACAGCCUUGCCUUUCUCGCAGAAGGAUAACCAAGGAAUCAUACUCAGACCCUCAGGACUGUGACAUUCCCACCAUGUUUCCAUGCCAAAUGAACCAUGUUUAUAGGGUCACGUGACCCAUUAGCAGAGAUGGGCAUCUCUGGGGACCUCCUGGCCCUUGUCUGCAUGAUCCUGGCUUGACCACAGAAGGACCACCUCUCCAUCAACCCAAAGACAUUGCUCUUGAGAGCCCAGACUUUGGGACCUGGCCCCGGCCUCUUGCAGAGCUUUGGUGUUGCUGGGAAAAGUGCCUCUCAUUCUUACUAGCUGCCACCUUGCACUGCCGGGUCCUCAGUGGUUGAUGAGCUGGCAGCCCACCGCCACCACUCGUGAGUCUGUUAGCCCGGCUGCCCUGCUGCACGCUGGCCUGGUUGAGGCCUCCUGCUGGGACCGCGGUGCUCCGUGCGAACCCGCGCGCUGGGAGUCCUCCCCGCGAGGCGCACCGGGGCCAGGUGUGUCGUCACUGCGUGUGUCUUGUUUCUAGCAGAGCUCACACCUGCCAGUAGAGGGUCCCAGGCAAAGUAUAGCAGCACCAGGGGAGAAGGGAACCUGGAGGGAGGAGACACCUGCAAGAUCCUGUGACAGCGCAGUCAGCAGAGGAGACCCAGCAUGGAGAUAGGACAUGUUUACUGUGUCACCUGCCCUGAGUCCUAGGGUGCCAGUGCCAUGUUUGCAUCAAGUGCUGUGGCCGAUGCUGGGACCAGAGCGACUCAGGGCAUCCACCCCAUGCAGACUCCUUGCUUCAUGUGGUUGGUUUGAGGAUAGGAUUGUGGUUUGCCUCUUGGUAUUUCUGUUGGUGCGCUUGGGACAGCGCUGCUGUGCACAUAGUGUCUUCUCACUGGCUCCCUAGAGAGCCAAGGCUUGUAUCCACCUUGGACUUGGGGGAAGCCCACUUUGGAGCUGCAGUUGAGGAGCCCAGCAUGAGUCUAGUGGCGGCCAUGUUAGUCCCCAGCCAAGAGGACAAGACCAAAGGCCCAUGUAUCCUGAGGGAGACAGCAGCAGCUGGGCACUGAGCUGAGGAAGAAAGUGGGGUGUUGGGGUUGUAGUCUCUAAGGUAUAGGGAGCAAGUUAUGGCUUGUAAAGACAAGUGGAGGCAUCAAUGUAUGUGAAGAUGUGACACUUCUCACAGUACUGAGGCAGUAUGACGACUGUCUCUGUGACAUCUGAUUAGCAAGCUCCAUUCCAGGGCCUCUUUGGAGUUAGGAUUUGGCACAGGGGUGACUGGCCCAGUAUAUGCUGUCACUUGGGGAUUAACUUCAUGUCCCAAAGCAUUUGGUAACUUCUGGGAAACAAAACUAGACUUGGCCCCAGGCAAGUAUGUAAGGGCUGUGAAAAUACUGUUUAAAGGGAGGCAGGGUCAGCCUGAGACACUCUUGAGCUGAGCUGCUGCUGGACCUGUGUGCCCUGGGAAGUAAGCCUGUAGGUGACGGGAUGUGGGCCUGAAGGGGCGCUGACCAAGACUGACUGAGGGAGUGAGCCUGGGGAUUAGCCAGGGGGACACAAUGGAGGCAGUUUUGGGUAGCAGAGGGAAGCCCCGCUUUGCAGUCCAAGUGGUCAGACUUGGUCCCCUUCUCCUUGGGAAGUGUUUGGUUAGGGGCUUUGCAAGGGCAUUGUCACAUGGGCUUCUGGAUAAGGAAGCAAGAGCUGGGGUGGGUCAGCAGGCCAAGCCGCCCAGUGUCCUGGAGGUAGGUGUCAGGUCUCAAGGCCCUCCUGGAAUGUCCUUGCAGCUGACCCCUCACCUUUCAUAUUUCUCCAGGACCUCACAUUGGACUUGGUGGCAGCUGGCUCAGCAGAGGCACAGAGCCGGGGGUCCUGAGUGCACUCGGUGUCACCAGUAGUCCCUCACUCAGUCAAGCAGACCAGCUCUGACCUCCAUGUCCCCAUGUGUCAUGAACGUUUGGGCAAUUGAGGAAAGGAAAUAGUGAAAUCAUUUGUCUCCUUCCAGACCCCUCCCUCCAUCUUUGCCUUUUGCCCAGCCAGGUGGUGCCUGUGGAGCACGGCUCUGUGAUUCCUGUCCCUGCACACACGGCCAGUGUCCCCACGUUGCCGCUUCUUGAAAUGGCUGUGAACUCCCCUCAGGCAGAGGGACAGUGGUGCUGAGUGUGGCUCAGUGCUGUUACUAAUUUCCAUGAUCAGAAAUUGAUUUUGUCAAAUUUCUUCCUGAUGUCAUUACUUCUUGGGAACAAAUCCCCAGUGGGGUUAUUGGAGUAAAGAAUGUGAGGCCCUCAGGCUUUUAUGACUUAGUGACACAAUGGUUUCCAGCAAUUUCUGCGUCCAUUUACAUUGCCACCAGCAAGGUAAGUGCUUUCCCCUGGCUCAGGGUCCUCUCACUGGACUAAACAUUGCUAGUGUUUAGUUUGCAUCUGAUUUCUAGCUCAUGGAACAUCUCCACGCUAAACAGCUACAUUUCACCUUUGUGGAUUGUCUCUUUGGCUCUAUUGACGGGGUCUAGUGGAUUGUGUGAGCUUGGUAUAUGAUUAAAGAUGCUAGCCUGG